GUCUGUAAAUGGAAAUGAAAUGUUUUUAGACAAAGCAAAACUGAACUUACAAUUUUAGUUUUAAGUUUAAAGUUAACUUUGAAAUGUAAAGAAUUUAUAUUUGUUUGUCUUUUAUUCUUGUCUUUACUCAGAUAAAGCAAUAGAACGGAAUAAAAAGAAACAUAACAUGUUUCAGCCUUAGCAUGGAAAUGAUGCACAGACUCAAACAUUUUAUAAGAAGUCUCAGCUGAUUCUCAGAAAUUGGUUAUAUAUAUAUAUAUAUUAGUUUGUUUGUUUUGUUCCCUUCCAGUAUAAUGAGCCUCCAUCACAUUGUUCUGGGCAUCCUUGCCCUGCAGUUGGUGCUUAGCUCCACAACCGUUGCCAAGUCCUCUGGGGUUAACCUUCGCACCUUCAUAGGCUGUGCAGUGAGAGAGUUCACCUUCCUCGCUAAGAAACCUGGCUGCAAAGGGCAGCGCAUUUCCACCGAUGCCUGCUGGGGGCGCUGUGAGACAUGGGAGAAGCCAGUCCUGGAUCGUCCUAACAUUGAAGCACACCACCGAGUGUGCACCUACAAUGAAACCAGAAUGGUCACGGUCAAGCUGCCCAACUGCUUGCCUGAUGUGGACCCCUUCUACACAUAUCCUGUCGCUUUAAGGUGUGACUGUGGGGUGUGCUCAACCACCACUACUGAAUGUGAGACUUUAUAAACUGAGGAGCAGCACAGGCUAUUGCAUUCUUCCAUGGAGUAGACUCUUAUUAGAGACAAUACUUACUUUAUAAAGUGGGAAAGAGGACAGCCUUGUUCCGUUUGUAUUAAAAUGAUGUGCUCAAAACGUGUUUGUUAGUAUAUUAUUAAAGAUGGUUUCCUGUGUGAGUGCUCAUGGUUUCAUGUACAGUAUAAGUCAACUGCAACAGUAAAGAAAUGCAUUUAAUCUAAAAACACUUUAAAAUACAAUAAAGGCACUAUUAGCAUUCAUUGAUUAUUAUUCUGAAUAUGUUUUGUAAUACUGAUGUAACCAGAGUUUUGGAUUCUUAAGGUGUAAUCCUUCAAUAAUUAAAUCAUUUUAAAUAAUGUUCUUAAUGAUGUGUUAUGCCGUUUGGAAAUCCCUAAGAGUGUGUGCUGCUUGGUUUAAAUGGUCUGUCUAUAAAUAUGUUUUUUUUUCCAACUCAAGCAUUUCAGUCUGCACUGUAAAUGUUGUUUUUGAAGUUACUUGAAACCACUUAAAUGCUGAUCUAGCUUUUUUUUUUUAUCCAUAAAGAAUUACAAAUGAUUUUAAAAUCAGCUUCUAAGCUUUUCCAUUUCGAACACUUAAUCCACUCACAGUUUUCUAGUUUAGGGAGCUUGCUAAAAUAAAACACUUCUAUAUCAACAAGAUUAACACCUUGAGUGGAUAGACAAAGUCACAGAUUCAAUGAAAUAUUAAUUUGCUGCGUAACUGUUGGCGUACACAUCAGCUUGUU